AAUUAGAUUUAUUUAGACAGGUGUCAAAUUUUGUUUACAUUUACUGUCUUCAUAAUUUUUAUUGAAUUGUUGAAAUGUAUCUACUUUCAUGAAGGUUUAAACGUUUUAAUUCCUUCUCAUAAAAUUAUUCUUUUUCGAAAAAAUUAUUGGUUUAACUCAAGAAGGGAUGUUUUACAAGGUUGGCACAUUUUCAUUAUCUAACAAAUUAUGAACACUUGAAGAACUGAUCUGAGGGCGCAUAUAUUAUGGAAGGAAUCGUCUGUGCUCAAUUCACAUUUUUUAAUGAUUUUGAUUCUGCAAACUUAGCAAGAGUUGAAUAUGUUCCACAAAAUGAGUCUGUGCUCAGUAAACAAUCAAAUAAAUCUGUAGUUCAAGAAACAUAUGAUGCUGAAUUCAAUAUUUGGACUAAACCUGAUUGCUUUGGAACAGAGUUUGAAAAUGGGAACCGAACCUGGUUUCAUUUUGGAGUCAAAGCUCCUGCUUCAUCACUCUAUGUAAGAUUCAAUAUGGUAGAUCUGAAUCGACAAGGAAAAAUGUACAGUCAGGGAAUGGCACCUGUAUAUAGAAUAUUACCUAGUAAGCCAAAGUGGGAACGUAUUUUGGACAAACCUACAUUCAGUAUAACUGAUGAUAUAUUCACUUUGACUUUUAAAUUUCGGACACCAGAAAAUGCUGACAGUAUAACGUACUUUGCGUUCACCUACCCUUUUUCUUAUGUGGAUUUGGAGAAGAUGCUCAUGAAUAUUGAUUCCAAAUAUUCAGACGUGAAGCCCGUUUCAGAUGAAGACAUUUACUAUGUGAGGGAAACAGUAUGUCGAUCUCUCGAAGGAAGAAGAAUAGAUUUAAUUACCUUAUCAUCAUUUCAUGGUAUAACUAAGAAUAGAGAAGAUAAGCUGAGAAAUCUUUUUCCAGAAAAUAAACCCAGGCCUUACAAGUUUCUGGGAAAGAAAGUAUGUAUUACAUAAAAACAUUUACUUUU